UUCAACGGAAAAGAAAAUGUUUUGGGUUUGGAGCCUAAUAGUCAUGGGAAUAGCUGUAGGUGCAACAGGAGAGGAUUUUCGUCUGGAGCAACGUCAAAACGGGAAACCUGAGGCCAGGCCCGCGGACCCAACUGUACCUACAACCUCGACCACACCAGAUGCCCUUACUGAAAUGGACAAGGAAAUAACAGAUCAACUUCAGCAAAUAAUUUCCAAGUACCAAAGUGAAUGCAAUGAUAAUUCUGAGCUUGCCAAACAAGUGGACUCGUUACGCGCAAUAGCAAAACUGGAUAAGAAUAGCUUAGUAGCCAAGUUAAAUGCAAAAAAUGCAUUCCAAACUUUUAACGAACAACGCCUUAGUCUUGAAAAACAAAUUAACGAUCGCAUAGAGGCUAUCAAUGAUAUUCUGCCAACCUUAGAGCCAAAUAGCUCAUGUUCUAGAUUUUACCUAAAACAAAGGGAAGAUCUGAAAAAGGCGAAAUCGCUUUCUAACGAGAGUAAAUCGAAAACUCUUUUGGCUAACUCAAGUAGUUGCACUCCCAUUGAAACUUAUGACGAGGAUUUGGAUUACUAAUUACUAAAACUCUCUUUCAAAAACAACCAUUCAUAAUUAUAACUUUGUUACUUAAAUAAAUUAAAAUAAAUGAACAUUCAAAGUA